AUGAAAAGAACAAAGUUACCACUUGAAGCCACGAGAUCAAAGAAGAUUAAAUUGGAAUCUGUUGACGAAAAUGCCACUCGCACUGUUAAAGCGCAUAUAAAGAUUGAAAUUGAGGGAAACCCGACAACGAACGAAAUGCCUCCAAACAUUUUCAAGAAAGCUGAUCCCGGAGAUGUUAAUAGUGGCCCAAAAGGCUGGGUACAAAUAUACAAUGAAGUUGUUUCAAUGAGAAGUAAGUUUUUGGGCCCAGUUGACUUUCAAGGAUGCGAGAGAAUGCCGAAUACUAUAAAUCCAGGUGUACAGACAAGGAACCCCAGGAUAUAUCGAUUCCAGUUGCUUAUAUCGUUGAUGCUAUCAUCUCAAACCAAGGAUGAGGUUAAUUAUGAGGCAAUGAAAAGUUUGCAUGAAGGGCUACUUAAAUCGCAUCCAGAGGGCUUGUGUAUCGAGAGUCUACUGAAGCUAAGCGCGGCAGAAAUAGAUUCGUAUAUUAAUAAAGUUGGAUUCCACAACAGAAAGUCGCAAUAUAUUAAGAAAACAUGUGAUAUUUUAUUGUCUCAGCACGGAGGCGAUGUACCUAAGACAAUAUCAGAGAUAGUUAAAUUGCCUGGAUUAGGACCAAAAAUGGGAUAUUUGUUUUUGCAGAACGGCUGGGGCAUCAAUGAUGGCAUCGGAGUUGAUGUUCAUUUACACAGGCUAGCACAGAUGUGGGGAUGGGUGUCUCCGAAGGCAAAUACCCCAGAGAAAGCAAGGAUAGAGCUAGAGAAAUGGUUACCGAAAGAGUAUUGGGGCCAAAUCAACCCAUUGUUGGUAGGUUUUGGACAAGUUGUUUGUGUACCACGUUCCCCAAACUGUGACGUAUGCACUUUAGGAAGAAAAGGUAUAUGCAAAAGUGCGAAUAAGAAGCUAUUAAAAGAUUCAACAGUGAGCGAUGAACGAAAACAAAAGUUGAUGAAACAGAGGGCGGAUCUCACAAAGUUGAUCAACGAAGUUAUAUAG